GCGAGAUCCCGACGCCAGCGGCCACGCCAGCAUCCAGCCUGCCUCUGCACUGAGCGCUCAUCUCCUGAAGGUCCGUCUCCAGCGCUCCUCAAACUUUUAUUUUUAUUUUAUUUUCCCCUACCGCUUCAUCUGCGCAUGGAAUCUGAACAACUGAAGAUAAAAUACGCAUAUUAUGCACUAUAUUUGCGAUUGAACCGUUUUGGACAUAAGCUUUUUGGGUUACUGUGCAGCUCAGGGUGUCUGGGGCUCGAAGGACAUGCAAACCAUCGUGACCUAUACCGCUAAAAGGUUGUACUUUUGCCGUCUUUUGUCAUAAAGGGAAGGACAGAGGAGGAUCGCUGUCAUAUGCACGGCGAGGGAGGCGGCGAGAGCAAAGGGGCGCAGCGGACCUCCGUCUCCGCAAAAGAAACUUGAAGAAACGAAACACACGGGAGUUUCAGCCUGUCUCACGGGUGCAUGGAAAGCUGACAGCUUAAAUACUUCGAGGGGUGCCGCUUUCGACGCCCAAGUGAACACGACACUUUCCAAGGCGAAGCGACGAGAAGAAAAGUAAAUUAUUAAAAAGUUGUCUUGGCAAACUUUGUCGCAUCUCUUCGGCCGUCCCGCCAGCAGCGGUAGAUUCAGGCAAACGGCCGGGAAUCCAUCCGAUAAAACAGUGCCUCAGUACUACGAGGAGAGGAAAUAAAAAGGGAAAGACUGGCCACACAAUACGCAAUUAAGAAGAAACAAAAGGCACUUGGGACAGUGGAAAGCGCUGAGACUGAGGAGCUCACGGGGACAAAGUCGCCAAAAGAAUGGCAGAGGAAAAUAAAUGUUAGUAUGUGAAGGAUCGGUACGCAGCCCGUUUGAUCCUCAAUCAUAAACGUUAUUGAAAGCUCGUGGAAAGCGUUAUACGGGAGCUUAAGAAUGGGACUUGAGAAGGAUAUUCAAGGCAGUAAUUAAUAUGCACAACUUCUAAGGCAAAGUCCCGUUUGAGGAGGAUAGAGAGGGUGAAAGAACCGAAGAAACCGAUCGCCUGCGUCUGAAGACUCGUAAGAGGCGUGAUCCGUGUCUGCUGAGCUGUCGGGGGAGGUGGACGGUGUGGCCAGACAGACAGACAGACAGACAGUGCUGGAGUGAGGCCGCUAAUUGCCGAGACUGUGCCUCAUCUGCAUAUCCAGUGUGUCCGCUGGACUUCAGCCAAUCCCCCCUCACGCAGCACCAUUAAUCCCGAUGCAUUAUUCACUAUCAUAAUUAUAUACCGACAUGCGCAAUCCGCACAACAGCAACACCAGCUAAUUUCCGUAAUUUUGCAACUCGACUAUUUGUGAACAUUGCACCCCCCCCCACCCCAACACACACCCCCCUCCCCGGACCGCUCGUCGCUGAUGUAUCUGCAAAAAGCAGAAACAGCUCGCAGCGAACCGUCAGCAUGUCCCGCCGCAAGCAAGCCAAGCCGCAGCACCUCAGGUCGGACGAGGAACCGACGUUGGCAGGCGUAGUUUCUGAAAAUGAUGUGCUUUGCAGUCAGGGGGGUGAAUUCCAAGCACAUUAUCCUGUAAUGACAGGAAAUGGCCAAAUCACUUUGGCUCCAGGAGAGGGAGUGGAUGAUGGCGACAGUGGGAACGAGAGCCGGAGCGGCAGUGAGGAGACCCACGUGUGUGACAAGUGCUGUGCCGAGUUCUUCAAGUGGUCAGACUUCUGCGAGCACCUGAAGACCUGCACCAAAAACCCUUUGGUGCUCAUAGUCAAUGAGGACGAGGCCACACCCGACCCCCAGGACUUCACAGGUCAGCCGUCGCCGGCCGGCAGCUGCCAAAGUGAGCCAGGUGACAGCGAGGAUGCGGACGAAGGCGCCGCACCAGGAGAGGGUGAUGAAGAUGCUGAGGCGAUGGCAGGGUCGGUCUUGAAAGCUGCCCCAGAGAAGGAGGAUGAGCCCAUGGAGGUGGAGCGGUCUCCGGAGAAGCCCGCCGAUCCAGAGGAGCCAGCCGGUUCACCAGAACCCGAUGCCCCACUACCUCAGAUUGCAACCCCGCCUUCUGUGACGGUCUACAGCAUGCCGAGCACCAACGUGACCCUGGAGACUCUGCAGAGCACCAGGGUGGCCGUGGCACAGUUCUCCCAGAGCUUCCGCGUGGGCCCUGGUGGAGUCUCCACCGUAGCCAUCCCCAUGAUCCUGGACCAGCUGAUGGCCCUGCAGCAGCAGCAGAUCCACCAGCUCCAACUCAUCGAGCAGAUCCGAAGCCAAGUGGCCAUGAUGAACCGGCAGCCCAUGCAACCGGUCCUCAAUCCCGUCGGCAUCCCCCAGGGGGCACCCUCCAUCCCUGCUGCCAGCCAGCUCCAGCUGCAGGGCUUCAUUACCCCUCCAGUCCACCAGUUGCCCAUCAGGGUCCCAUCAGCUGCCAGUGGACAGCCCUCCAUCUCACUAGCCUCAUCUCUAGAAGGACCACAGUCACUCUCGUCCCAGACAGGCUCUGGGCCCCCUGCUCCCGGAAUAACCAACAGCACUUUGGUUUCGGCUGCCCCCAGCCUCCCCCCGUCCAGCUGCAGCUUGGUGUCCUCUCUGCUUCCGCCUUCCUGCGCGGUCACGAAUGCAAACAGCAGCGGCGGCAGCCAAUCCCGGAAUUCCUCAAGCCCCCCAUCCUUGGGCCACGGCAGCAUCUUAAGUCCACCUUCCAGCCUUCCACUCCUACCUCAGAGCUCCUCCAGCAGCGUCAUCUUCCCCAACCCGCUGGCUAGCAUCGCCGCCACAGCCAAUGCGCUGGACCCGCUCGCCGCCCUGAUGAAGCACCGCAAGGGGAAGCCACCCAACGUGUCCGUGUUCGACACCAAGCCCAGCUCAGAAGAUCCCUUCUUCAAACAUAAGUGCCGGUUCUGUGCCAAGGUGUUCGGCAGUGACAGCGCCCUGCAGAUCCACCUGCGCUCGCACACCGGGGAGCGGCCCUUCAAGUGCAACAUCUGCGGCAACCGCUUCUCCACCAAGGGGAACCUGAAGGUUCACUUCCAGAGGCACAAAGAGAAGUACCCUCACAUCCAGAUGAAUCCUUACCCAGUUCCCGAAUACCUCGACAAUGUGCCCACUAGCUCUGGCAUACCGUACGGAAUGUCUUUGCCCCCCGAAAAGCCCGUCACGACCUGGCUGGACAGCAAGCCCGUUCUACCGACUGUUCCUACAUCAGUGGGCCUCCAGUUGCCCCCCACUCUUCCUAGCAUGGGGAGCUACAAUGAUUCUCCAAGUCUUACUCCCCUGAGCCGAUCACCACAGAGGCCAUCCCCAGCUUCCAGUGAGUGUGCCUCGCUUUCUCCUAACCUCCUAGGGGCUGAACCCAGCACUCCUAUGGCUUCAGAGUCCUCACAGCCUAACCUUGGAGUUGACGGCCCUCCCGUCCUAAAGCCAGAGGGAAUCCUCCUUCCCUCGAACUGCACAGUCCGCCCAGGAGAGAGCUGUACAACAGUGACCCAAGUGGUUGUCUCAGCCACCAUCACCACAACCACAGCGACAACCGCACAGGUGACAGAACCUGUCACCCCCCCCUCGUCCAUUUCCAGUGCUAUAGUCCCACUAAUGUCGGACCAGUUUAAGGCUAAGUUUCCCUUCGGGGGUCUUCUAGAUUCUAUGCAAACUUCAGAGACCUCGAAGCUGCAGCAGCUGGUUGAGAACAUUGACAAAAAGAUGACAGACCCAAACCAGUGUGUGAUUUGCCACCGUGUCCUCAGCUGUCAGAGUGCCCUGAAGAUGCACUACCGCAUUCACACAGGGGAGAGGCCCUUCAAGUGCAAGAUCUGUGGCCGGGCGUUCACCACCAAGGGCAACCUCAAAACACACUUCGGAGUCCACAGGUCCAAGCCGCCUCUGCGGGUCCAGCAUUCCUGCCCCAUCUGCCAGAAGAAGUUUACCAAUGCUGUGGUCCUACAGCAGCACAUCCGAAUGCACAUGGGCGGCCAGAUUCCCAACACACCUCUGCCCGACAGCUUCCAGGACAUGGAUACAGACCUCUCUCUGGAUGAGAAGAGCUUGGACGCAAUGAGCAACUACGACGAUGAACUGAUUGAUGAGAUGGAGCAGUCCAUGGAGGAGGACACUGACUUCAAGGAGGGGGAGCUUGACCCUUCCAAACCUCUGAUCUCUUACUCGGUCAUGUCCCCCAGCUCUCCCCCCUCUGUCAUCUCCAGUAUUGCAGCCCUGGAAAAUCAAAUGAAGAUGAUUGACUCCACUGUGAACAUGACCCACUCCUUUGGGCUGAAGUCAAUGGAGAACGGCUUUCUAGAGAGUGACCGCCUGACUAAUGACUCUUCUUCUGCGGUUGGUGAUCUAGAGAGCCAGAGUGCUGGCAGCCCCGCCCUCUCAGAGUCCUCCAACUCCAUGCACGCCCUCUCCCCAGUCCACAGCCACUCUGAGAGCCUGCGGUCUAAGUCUCCAGGGGCACCCAAUACAGAAGAGAUGCCAGACAUAGUCAUGGCAGUGAAGUCUGAGAAGUCCGACACCCCAUCACCAGUGUCCGCAUCCGAAAACGGCGGGGCGCUUGAUCUGACAGCGACCCAGCCCAUCAGGUCCUUCAGUCAAGAGGAGACCCAGUUUGGCAUGCUGCUCCUCAGCCGAGAGCGUGGUACAACACAAAGCACACCCAGCCUGCUUACCACGGCACCCAGCCUCAUCAAGGUCGAGGUGAACGGACAUAGCAAGCCAGCGUCGGUGAGUGAGGGCCCCCACCUCGCCCUGGGAAUCCAGGUGCCCGCGCCCCCGACGGGUGCCGUCAGCCCGGGCCUGGCCCCCAUGCUGGCCCCCCCGCCGCCCCGCCGGACCCCCAAGCAACACAACUGCCACUCGUGCGGGAAGAACUUCUCCUCGGCCAGUGCCCUGCAGAUCCACGAGCGCACGCACACGGGCGAGAAACCCUUCGGUUGCAGCAUAUGCGGCCGCGCGUUCACCACUAAAGGAAACCUGAAGGUUCACAUGGGCACCCACAUGUGGAAUAAUGCCCCGGCCAGAAGGGGGCGACGUCUCUCAGUGGAGAACCCCAUGGCCCUGCUGGGUGGCGAUGCCAUCAAGUUCAGUGAGAUGUUCCAGAAGGACCUAGCAGCGAGAGCCAUGAACGUGGACCCGGGCUUCUGGAACCAGUACGCGGCCGCUAUCUCCAACGGGCUAGCUAUGAAGAAUAACGAGAUUUCCGUCAUCCAGAACGGAGGUGUGACCCAGCUCCCUGUGGGUUUGGGUGGUGGAGGAAUUCCCUCACUGGGGGGGCUCUCUGGGGGCAUGGACAGGGCACGCACGGGAGGCAGCCCCCCCAUGACAGGGCUUGAGAAAGUUGGUAUGGACAUGGGUGUGGCACGACCCUUCUCUAGGUUUAUCGAGGAAAACAAAGAAAUCGGAAUCAAUUAAAGCAAGCUUUCCGGUGAGGGAUGCAGGGACGGACAGACUGCAUUAAGAUGUUAAAAUCAACUGCGACACCACUUUGAACUGUAUGUAUGAUAGUAUGUACAGGUGACAUUUUUGUUUGUUUUUGGUUUUGGAACGAUAGUGUUCGAUAUUUGUUAGAGAUUGGUCUGUCUUUACCUUGGUCUCAUCUCCCCUCACCAUUUUGCUCACAUGAGGAACGCGUUUCUUGUCUGGAAAUCGGUUGUCUUGCAAGACUUGCAUGGUGCUGCUUUGGUUCGUACCAGUUCCGUCCGAGGCUUCUUUUCUGUUUUUUUUCUAAAAAAAAAAAAAAAAGACUAUAUAGGCAUUUGUGAUGGGCUCGCCUCCUGUUCGUAUCGCUGAGAUGAGGAAGUGGCACGUCUCUCAGGGAACACGCGGAGAGACUGGCUGAGUCACGUCCUGACCUGUAUACGCUCUUCCACAGGAGAACUUCUGAUUUACGAGAAAAAAAGUACAUUGUUUUAGUGCUCGUCUAAUAUUUUUUCUCAUAAAGUAGAGAACUUGAAAAAUGUUUGAACUAUUUUAAUCUUUACAUCUAGUCCCUUGACAUUGUGUAAUAUUAAUGUCCGGUGUCUUUAGUAUUUAUAAUAUUGAAAAAGCGGGUAUAAAAAAUAUAUUUAAUAGCCCCAACAUUUUAUUGAUCUUUUUUUUUCUAAAUUACAGACUUCAGAUAUAAAUGUCUCUUUCAAAUAAAGACAUAAAUGUCAUUUCAUCUGAUCGAAACAAAA